UGAAAACUUCCUGUAGAAAAUUGUAAACCUUUCUCUUAGAUUUUCAACAAUUUCUCAAAAUGCAAGACGUUGUAGCUCCCGUUCAGAAUAUCACUUUUGAUAUUGAAAUAGCACUCAACAAUCAGUUGGGUGCCCAGCCCCUGCCUUUCCCUGGAAUGGACAAGUCUGGUGCAGCAAUAUGCACAUUCUUUAUGACAACCAUGGGUUGCAGCAAGGCUACAGCCUGUCCAUUCCGACAUGUCAAAGGGGAAAAAACUGUGGUCUGCAAACAUUGGCUUAGGGGCUUGUGCAAGAAGGGAGAUGAUUGUGAAUUUUUGCAUGAGUUUGAUAUGACAAAGAUGCCUGAAUGCUUCUUUUUCAGUAAAUAUGACCGAAAACGUUGGUCCAUAAACAAACGUGGUAAUGGUCAGUGUAAUAACAAAGAAUGUCCGUUUCUUCACAUUGACCCAGCACAGAAGAUGAAAGAUUGUGCCUGGUAUGACAGAGGCUUCUGUAGACAUGGUCCAAACUGCAAGAAUCGUCAUGUGAGAAGAUUGAUUUGCCAGAACUAUCUAUGUGGCUUUUGCUUGGAUGGACCAAAGUGCAAAUUUAUGCAUCCCACAUAUGACCUGCCAGUUCCAGACCAGAAUAUUCAGACGAAGAAGAUGAUGGUAGUUUGUCACAGCUGUGGGGAAAUUGGACACAAAUCUAUCUCCUGCCCUAAGAGUAUAAAAACAGACUCCUCAACACAUGGAGAUAGGCCGGUUGGGUCUGGUAUUCCCGGAAGUGGUUACCAGUAUUCUCGUGGGGGCCAUGUUUUUCGACCCAUGGGACGAGGCCUGCCCAUGGAUGAUCCUGCCAGGCUUGAACAUGUGAUCUGCUUUAAGUGUGGAGAGAAGGGCCACUAUGCCAACAGAUGUACUAAAAGCGACCUGGCAUUUUUGCAGUCAGGCAGUUAGACAUAACCAAUUUCUUUCUUUGUUUUAUUACUUGUAUUUUGUUUUUGUAUAUAGAAUGAUAAUAAAAUGUUUGAUGAUUAUAUCAUA